ACAUUAAAGCACCAAUACUAUAUAGCAUAGUAGAAGUGCUCAAAAGUUUGUGGCCGUAUUUUGCUACCGAACAUCUUUCAUGACCAUUUUGAUCGAUUAUCAAAAUAUAUGAUGGUGUGAAAGGAAAGGAGGACGGGUAUCCCAGUCAUUUGACAACUUCCCGGCGUCAUAAAUACGCCGCCUGCUGCUGGCGGCUGCCGUCCUUCUGCUUCCCCGUCUUCUCGCCAGCUGCCCGCUCCGACAUAAACGAUGCAUUCUUCGUCGUUCUCAAUCCGCCCACCUCCAGAACCUUCCCUUCUCGCAUCCUCGCAACCCCGCAAAAUCCUCAACCCUGACCGUCUCGUUUCUUCUACCUUUGCGCAUUCCUCGUGGUCAAGAACAGUAUGCGUCUCUUCGUCGCCGAGUGGGAUUCCGCAAUUCCAGCUGCGAGGAAGACGCACUGUGGAGUUUCAUCCGGUCUCAUCGGCUUCGCGGCUUAGGGCUUCUCCAGAUGGUGCUGAGUUCGGCUCUCCGCCGGAGGGCAGCGAGCUGCUGGCGCCGAGUUUCAGGGAAUUCAUCACGUCGGAGAGAGUGAAAGUGGUAGCAAUGCUUGCUCUGGCGCUGGCGCUCUGUAAUGCCGAUCGCGUGGUGAUGUCGGUGGCAAUUGUGCCGCUUUCAAGGUCUAACGGGUGGAGCCGGUCCUUUUCUGGUAUCGUUCAGUCGUCUUUCCUGUGGGGAUACCUAAUUUCACCGAUACCUGGAGGGACCUUAGUGGAUUACUAUGGCGGAAAGGUAGUUAUGGGGUGGGGUGUAGCUUUGUGGUCGUUGGCUACAUUUCUCACUCCAUGGGCUGCAGAAACUUCUUUAUGGGCUCUGCUAGCUAUGCGUGCUGUGCUUGGCAUUGCAGAAGGUGUAGCCCUUCCUUGCAUGAAUAACAUGGUAGCGAGAUGGUUCCCGCAGACAGAACGAUCCAGGGCUGUUGGAAUUGCUAUGGCUGGAUUCCAGCUUGGCUGUGCCAUUGGGCUCACACUAUCCCCAAUUCUCAUGUCCAAGGGGGGUACAUUUGGGCCAUUUGUGAUAUUCGGACUAUCUGGAUUUCUCUGGGUGCUGGUUUGGUUGGCUGCAAUAUCAAGUUCACCAGACAGAAGUUCCCAGAUUUCAACUCUUGAAUUGGAGUACAUUCAGCAAAGCAAGAUGCAGAAAACCACUCCUGUUAAAGAGAGACCCAAGACUGGCUGGAGGCUACCUCCAUUUGGGCGGUUGCUGUCAAAAAUGCCAACUUGGUCAUUAAUUGUGGCUAAUGCCAUGCACAGCUGGGGAUUCUUUGUCAUUCUUUCUUGGAUGCCCAUUUACUUUAAUUCAGUAUAUCAUUCAGAUCUUAAACAUGCGGCAUGGUUUAGUGCUGUGCCAUGGUCUGUGAUGGCUUUCAUGGGUUACUUUGGUGGUCUUUGGUCGGACAUGUUAAUUCGGAACGGUGUUACUGUUACUUUGACUCGUAAGAUCAUGCAGUCAAUUGGCUUUAUAGGACCAGCUGCUGCUCUUGUUGGCUUAACAACUGCAAAAAGCCCAUCCAUCGCUUCUGCUUGGCUCACUCUAGCUGUUGCACUGAAAUCUUUCAGCCACUCUGGCUUUCUUGUGAAUCUUCAGGAAAUUGCACCACGCUACUCCGGCGUCUUACAUGGAAUGUCAAACACUGCGGGAACAUUAGCCGCCAUUGUCGGAACGAUUGGAGCUGGGUUUUUUGUUGAUCUCACGGGUUCCUUCAGAGGAUUUCUUUUACUUACGUCGGCUUUAUAUCUCGUCUCUGCAAUUUUCUAUAUCGUCUUCUCGACUGGAGAGAGAGUCCAUUUUGAUGAGCCUGAAUGAUGUCAGUUGGUUCUGUUCGGGACGAGCUGUCAGAAAUCAUAAUCAUAUUUGGAGCUGGUACGACAUUGUUAAGACCAUAUUAAUGACUGUGUGGCUCUUUCAAAUAUGUUGCAUGCAGUCUCUUGUGCAGCUGAGUUUUACUCUAUGGCGAUAUAACGGUUUUAAGUGUUGAAUUUUUCUGUAGAACAGUUCCUGUUCAAGGGCAGUGUUAGGAAUGCCAAUCAUUCACCCUGGCACUUUUGAUGACGAAGCGACAGUCCAAAUGUUCUCUUAAUGUGUUCAACUAAGGUGGCAGAUAUCUCCGUCCAUCGACCAUCGCCAGGAAAGGAACCAACCAGCCUCGGACGUCUCCUGAUUUCUUCUCUUUUCAUUUUGGUUGCCCUUCUGGCUUUCCGUUAGAUGUACAGCGGAUCACCAAUCUGGGUGGUAGCGUGACAGUAGUUGUAGGGGUAAAGAGAACAGGGUGGCCAAGUGAGCCUCUUUUGGUGCUUGACUUGUGUUGUUAAUAUUUUGUCAGCUCUGAUCACAACUUUCUGUCAUUCUAGUAGUGGCUGCCUGUAGAAAAAAGGAUCUAAUUGCUUGUCGUUGAAGCAACAACCACAUCCAUUACAGAGGUAAUCCGAGGCUAAUGCAGCAGAUGAAAGUCUCUGAUCCAUUUGUAACGAGACUUCACCACGCUUCAUGUUCACGAUUGUCGAACCACAUUGUUGCCAUUUCCAGGAGCUAGCUAGUCGAAGAUGGAUAGAUAGGGUAGGGAGAGAGGUCUCUUGGAGGCUCCAGCUAUUGAGCAUAAACAGCUCAGAUGGCGGUUGGUAAGUGUCAAAUUCCACAGUUGUGCAUUGAGAGGGUCGACAACAGCUGAGCUGGGAGCAUAAAACAAGCUGUAUAAU